AUGAAGUCUUUGGCAGACAUCAAGCCGCUGCUAGAUGAUCUUACAAAUCGCGCUGUCGAACGAAUACGAGACUAUAUUGUCGCCCAAAUCAAGGCGAUUAGGUCUCCUUCCAUCAACGCGCAAGUCAUCCAGCAGCAAGCCCUGAUCAAGUACAAGGAACUAUAUGCUUUCCUUGCCAAACACCAAUCAGAACUUGCGCAGCAGAUUGGCCAGGCAUACAUCUACACCAUGCGCUGGUAUUACUUGAACCACUUCACAAGAUACCGGGUGGCUUUGGAGAAAAUCAAAGUGCACGCCAUGGACAAGUAUGAUGUCCUCGGUGAGGACCCCACUGCAAGAAGAGCGGGCAGUCUGCUCGGCCAAGCACGCAACACACCAGCUGCGUACGACGCAUUUUCCCUGGGUCGACGGCGCGAUGCUUUGAAAAGCUCAUCAACGAAUGCUCUGACUGCUUACCUUGCGGAAGAGGAGAAGUCAGCACACUACCUAGAAACACCGUUUCGCAGCUUCAAUCUCGCCCUCAUUGACAACGCAUGUUUCGAAUACACAUUUAUAUCCUCCUUCUUCGCACCCUCGCAGAACUACCACGCCAUAUCCCGUACCUUUUCUACAAUCUUCGAACCAACCAUGGCAGCCGGUCAAGCCUUGACCAAAGCCCUCGUCGCAACCACAACCGACACACUCGGCAUACUCAUUUGCGUCCGACUCAACCAGCACUUCGCCUUCGAACUGCAGCGCCGCAAAGUGCCGACGGUAGAAAACUACAUCAACGCCACGAACAUGCUCCUCUGGCCACGCUACCAACAAGUCCUCGACAUGCACUGCACAUCCCUGCAGAAAGUCACAUCCGCACUCCCUGGUCGCCCGACCACCGGCGCCGCCCUUCUCUCCUCUAGCUCCGCGUCCUUGACAUCUACUGCGCCUACACCACUCACGCAGAAAUUCGCAAACCUUCUCCAGGGCAUUUUGGCGUUGUCUUCGGAGGCUGGAGACGACGAGCCGGUGUCGGUGAGUGUGGGCAGGCUGCGGAGCGAGUAUGAAGCGUACUUGACGAAGAUGAGUAAAGGGAUUAGCGAUACAAGGAAGAAGGAGAGGUUUUUGUGUAAUAAUUAUAGUCUGGUGUGUACAAUUUUGGCGGAUGUUGAGGGGAGGUUGGGAGAGGAGGUUAGGGUGCAUUUUGAGAAGAUGAGGGAUGUGUAUGAUAAGUGA